AAAAUUAGAACUAGGCUGACAUUACAUUUCACUUGGUUACAGCUGACUGGGGAUUUUAAUCAUUUGGAGCCACAUUGAAAAAAAUUUCCCCCUGCAAUCUACUCUUAACUGAUAGUCACUAACUUUGGUUAUGUGAGCUUCAGCAUCUACCGAUAUUGGUAAGUAUUUGACAAUGUCUAUUACUUCAGAAUAUUACAUUAAUUGAUUUCUCAAACAAAGGUCCUUUCUGAAAUGGUAUCUGUGAUUCAGCUAUUCAAAACCUAAUGAAGUUGGUGACUCUAUGACAAUGUGGAGAAAUCAUGACAGAAAAUGUGGUUUGUACUGGGGCUGUCAAUGCUGUAAAGGAAGUUUGGGAAAAAAGAAUAAAGAAACACAAUGAAGACCUGAAGCGAGAGAAGGAAUUUCAACACAAAUGUCAAGAGAUUUCUGGCAAACAAAUAUUCAAAUUAGUUAAACUUCAUGUUUUGAGGACUGCUUAUAUUUAUUAUGUGAUUACCAAGAGGUAUGAGAGGGAAGAAUGGAGAACCCUCCCUUCUUCUCUGCUGAAACUGAAUCAACUACAGGAAUGGCAACUUCAUAGAACUGGUUUGCUGAAAAUACCUGAAUUCAUUGGAAGAUUCCAGAACCUCAUUGUGUUAGAUUUAUCUCGAAAUACAAUUUCAGAGAUACCUCCAGGGAUUGGACUGCUUACUAGACUUCAGGAACUGAUUCUUAGCUACAACAAAAUCAAGACUGUCCCCAAGGAACUAAGUAAUUGUGCCAGCUUGGAGAAACUAGAACUGGCUGUUAACAGAGAUAUAUGUGAUCUUCCACAAGAGCUCAGCAAUCUGCUAAAACUUACUCACCUUGAUCUGAGUAUGAACCAUUUUACUACAAUCCCUCUUGCUGUGUUGAACAUGCCUGCCCUUGAGUGGCUAGACAUGGGAAGCAACAAACUUGAACAACUUCCUGAUACUAUAGAAAGAAUGCAAAAUCUACAUACAUUAUGGCUGCAACGAAAUGAAAUAACAUGCUUGCCUGAAACAAUCCGCAAUAUGAAAAAUCUGGGUACUCUUGUUCUCAGCAACAAUAAACUGCAAGAUAUUCCAGUAUGCAUGGAAGAAAUGGCAAAUCUGAGGUUUGUCAACUUCAGAGACAACCCACUGAAAUUGGAAGUAUCACUUCCUCCCAGCGAAGGCACAGAUGAAGAAGAGGAACGGGAAUUAUUCGGCCUUCAGUUUAUGCACACAUACAUACAAGAGUCACAGAGAAGAGCAGAUCACCAAGUCAACGGUUCAACUACUUUACCAAUCUCCAUAAAUACGGAUGGAUAAUGUAAUUCAAGAUGCCCUUCUAAAGAGGAUUACUUUGGUGAAUUCUCUAAUGUUUGGAUUUCUGAAGUAAAAAAAAAAGCUAUUACCAAAGUUUAAUGAGGCCACAGCAUUUUUUAAAGUUCAUAUUAUUUGCUAUUUAAAGUAUAUAUUUUUUAAUAUAAAAAUAUAAUUAAAAAUUUUUUUUGGUGGAA